AUGACUCUGAAGGUCCCCAAGAUCCCCAAGCGGGUUGAUAUCGCAGGAUUCGUCAACACACGCGUGAUUCGUGACGACAAGAAGCGCCAGGUCUUCGCAAACUACGAGCCCCAGCGUCAAGCUCUCCGUUACGCCGUGCGCAACACCUCUCUCCCUGCUCGUGUUCGCGUCCAGGCUCAGCUCGAAUUGGCCCAAUCCCACGCCUACACUCGCUCCACUCAGAUCAAGAACCGCUGUGUUGCAUCAGGAACUGCUCGCAGUGUCUUCCGUGACUUCAAGCUCAACCGAUACCAAUUCCGUCUGCAGGCUCUUGCUGGUGAAUUGCCCGGUGUGAAGAAGGCCUCUUGGUAA